GGCUCAAACGGGGGCUAACUUAUCCGAUUCCUUGCACCGCUGAAGAACUUGUUUUCGUCUGUCAAUUGUUAUAGAUUUCGAAUUUCCAACAAUUUCUACAGUUCAAGAUACGAAUCCCCUGCACCAGCGUAAUUUCGUAGCACUCACGGCAGUAUUGAAGCUACAAUUAAAGUGCGCAGCAGAAAUUUGUGGUCAUCGCCAUGUCAAUUGAGAUCAAACUCUCCCGAUUCAACCGUAUCUAUCGCUCCAAUGAACCAUUAGAGGGCAAAAUAAUCAUGAAGCUCACUUCUUCAAUUUCGUUCCAGUCCAUCCGCCUUACUGUCAGCGGCACAGUUAGUUUGCAGGUUCGCGGAGGAUCUGCUGGAGUAGUCGAGUCUUUCUAUGGUGUCAUCAAACCUAUUCCUAUUGUCAGGAAUAAGAUUUUCGAGAUUCAAUCAUCCGGAAAGAUUGGUUCAGGUACGACAGAGAUACCAUUUUCUGUGACACUGAAAGAUCCGAAAGAAGAAAACCGGGAAAAGUUUUAUGAAACCUACCAUGGUAGCAAUGUCAACAUCCAGUAUUUAGUAACAGUGGAUGUAGUGAGAGGGUACCUACACAAAUCUUUAUCAGCAACAAUGGAGUUCAUAAUUGGAAGUGAAAAAAACAAUUUACCGCUGAAACCGGUUUCUCCUGAAAUGGUCUUCUUUUAUAUUACGCAGGACACACAAAAACAUCUGUUACUUCCGGAAUUAAAAUCAGGGGGUUUCCGGGUGACUGGGAAAAUAUGUACUCAAUGUUCACUCUCAGAUCCUAUUGUUGGUGAGUUGACUGUUGAAGCAUCUGCUAUUCCUGUUCAAUCCAUCGACAUCCACAUACUCCGUGUAGAGUCAAUAUUGUUUGGCGAAAAAAUAGUGACCGAAUCCUCUUUGAUCCAGACAACUCAGAUUGCGGAUGGAGAUGUCUGUCGUAGCAUGAAGCUCCCCAUUUACGUCAUUCUUCCCCGUCUCCUGACUUGUCCGACCAUUUUCGCGGGUCCAUUUUCAGUAGAGUUCAAGGUUACAAUAAUGAUCACCUUCCAAUCAGAGCUAUCCAAGAGGCAUUCUCCUUAUGAUCCCAAAACUCCUAGGCAAUGGCUAGCAAUGGAAAGUGUGCCAUUGGAGCUAGUUCGAACAAAGUGAGAUGAUAUAGCAAGUGGGGUUGCUUGGAUCUGCAGUAGUCACUACGACAUCCGAGAGACGUCUACAUUAGUGAUAUGGCAAUUCUAUCUUGGACGAUAUUGGAGAUUGAGGACAUUUGGCACUCCAGCCCUGUCACGAGACAGUUCGAUUAUAUUCAGUAAGUAGUAACAGUGGAUAGGUAUGUAUAAAUUUUGUAAUAAUAAAUUAGAGCCAACAAAGAUACUAGGUUCGAAAGAAAAAAUUGAAAUGUUAGUUUUAUAAUGGUUUACUUUGUUUGUGUA